AUGUCUAUGAAGCUGCAACUCUUAUACACCCACAACCCCAUACUCGCAUAUGGAACCACCAACACAGACAAAGCCGAACAAGUUUCCAACACCACAGUUAGAAAACAGAGACUCCCUCUCAACACCGGAACAACCAUCCUUAAGCGCGUACAAAGAACUGUAGUUCGAAAAACUCUAGACACCCAGUUGAAGAAACAUGGUCCUGAAAAGAAUUCAGAUGAUGGGUCUCUCCAAAAAAAGAAACUUGGUGUGCACACCAACUGUUCGACGAAACGGGUCUCUUACGGUGGAAUCAUUCCUUCCAUUUUGAAAGACUUGGAUACCAUUCAGGAUGUUGAAGAGGCUCUAAGACCGUGGGAGAACAAGAUUAACAACAAGGAAAGAAGUAUUAUUUUGAAGCAGCAGGUGAAGUGGGAUAGAGCUUUGGAGAUUUUCAACUGGUUUAAUGAUAACUCUCAUGAAUUGAAUGUGAUUCAUUAUAAUAUUAUGAUUAGGAUUCUUGGGAAGGCGCGUGAGUGGACGCUUUUGGAGGGUUUGUGGAAUCAGAUGAAUGCUAGAGGGAUUGUUGCCACGAAUUCUACUUAUGGGACUUUGAUUGAUGUUUAUAGUAAAGGUGGACUAAGAGAAGACGCGCUUUUCUGGCUUGAGACUAUGCUAGAACAUGGGAUUGAACCGGAUGAGGUUACUAUGGUGAUUGUAGUUCAACUGUAUAAGAAAGCAGGGGAGUUUCAGAAAGCUGGGGAAUUUUUCCGAAAGUGGUCAUUAGGUGAACCUUUGAGGCCAAGUAAUAAUCGUAAGACAGCUGCUCCGGAAUUGGACGAGAGGGUAUCCUUUUCCGAUGUUUCUUUCGGAUCACAUGCGUAUAACACUUUGAUUGAUAAUUAUGGAAAGGCUGGUCAGCUUAAAGAAGCUUCUGAGACUUUUGCUAAAAUGCUUAAACAAGGCAUACCGCCUACCACGGUGACAUUCAAUACGAUGAUUCACAUUUGUGGAAACCAUGGACGGUUAGAGGAACUGAGUUCACUUCUGCAGAAAAUGGAAGAGUUGCAAUGCUCACCAGACACAAGGACUUAUAAUAUUAUUAUCUCUCUAUAUACUAAGCAUAAUGAUAUCGAUAUGGCAACGAAAUAUUUUAAAAAAAUGAAGGCGGCCCGCCUCGAGCCAGAUCUUGUGAGUUACCGUACCCUCUUGUAUGCAUACAGUAUAAGGAAAAUGGUUUGUGAAGCAGAAGAGCUUAUAUCAGAGAUGGAUAAGAAGGGCCUCCAAAUUGAUCAGUUCACCCAAUCUGCUUUGACUCGGAUGUACAUCGAAGCAGGAAUGCUUGGGCGGUCCUUGUUAUGGUUUCAUAGGUUUCAUCUGACUGGCAACAUGCCAUCUGAAUGCUAUGCUGCCAACAUUGAUGCAUAUGGAGAGCACGGACAUAUUUUGGAAGCUGAGAAAGUCUUCCUUUGGUGCCAAGAACGGAAGAAACUCAGUACCCUUGAGUUCAAUGUGAUGAUUAAAGCUUAUGGUAUAGGGAAAUGCUACGAUAAAGCGUGUCAAUUGUUUGAUAGUAUGGAUAAACACGGUGUAGCUGCAGACAGGUGUAGCUACGGUUCUCUCAUACAAAUUUUGGCCAGUGCUGACCAGCCUCACAUUGCCAAACCUUAUUUGAAGAAAAUGCAGGUGGCAGGAUUCGUGACUAAUUGCAUCCCAUACUGUGCUGUGAUUUCCAGUUUUGUAAAAUUAGGGCAAUUGGAAAUGGCAGAAGAUGUGUACAAGGAAAUGAUCGGAUAUGGUGUGAAGCCCGAUGUUAUAGUUUUUGGGGUAUUGAUCAAUGGUCUUUGUGACACUGGAAGGUUUAAAGAAGCUGUAUAUUAUCCCGAUGAAUUGAAAAGAGCUGGCUUGCCGGGGAAUGCAGUUAUAUAUAAUUCUUUGAUGAAGUUGUAUACAAAAGUUGGCUAUCUGAAAGAAGCACAAGAAACAUACAAGCUGCUUGAAUCAUCAGAAGAAGGUCCUGCAGUAUAUUCUUCAAAUUGUAUGAUUGGUCUUUAUACUAAACAAUCUAUGAUUGACCCAGCAAAAGAGAUAUUUGAGACAUUAAAGAAAAAUGGAACUGCAAAUGAGUUCUCCUAUGCAAUGAUGUUAUUUUUGUACAAGAAAAUUGAAAGGUAUGAUGAAGCAAUUCAAAUUGCAAAGCAGAUGAAAAAAUUAGGACUCUUGACAGAUUCAUUAAGUUAUAACAAUGUGCUUGACCUGUAUGCUAAUGCUGGGAGACCCAAAGAAGCAAUACAGACUUUCAAGGACAUGGUAACAGCUUCAAUUCGACUUGAUGAUUGUAGUUUAAGAUCACUUAGAAAUCUUAUGCUUAGAUAUGGAGCAUCAAGGCAAGCUCUUGACAGAUUACUAGCAUCGAUGAAAAAGGACACUUCCAAUGGUUUAAAGGCAUGGAUGUCGGCACUCACAAGUGUUCUUGAAAUGGAUGAAUAUGAUAACAAAUAG